CCAUGGAACCUGUAAGUGCUAACUUGUAUCUCUGUAACCCUUCCCGGGAGCAGGUUCGGCUUACGCAUGAUAGAACUCCUUACUGGGAAAUACGGAGACUCUAACCGACCUCUUGUCGGGUCUCCUGAAGAAAAAUACCGAUCAGACGACUCCCUUCUUAUCUUUGUUUGACAUGCUCUGGGCAGCCGAGGCGACAAUGGUACAGUCCCAUAUAGAUCGCCGCCGUAUAUCCCAAGAGCAAGGGGAUAGCCUCGCUGCAGCACUGGACGUGGAUGAGAUCUUUGAGCGCACGCGAGAGAACAAAAUGAAGCUGGCGAAGACGGUCUUGGCGGCUUUCAACGAUGAAUUCACGGCACCUCCGCUUCAGAUUCUUGCGACGGUUGUGCUAAGCCAAAAUGCCGAAGCUCAAGCACCCCUCCAAACUCGAAGAAUCCGGGAUACUUGGAGUCAGCUAUCUCGUAUCAGGGAAGUCUGCGAAGCAUCCCUGAGUCAUCUGGUGAGAUGGCUUAUUAACCGUAGAGUCCAACUGUGGGGUUGCAACGGAGAGCUGGAGGCUACCUCGCACGACUAUCAGCAGAAUCUCACCGAGUGGUUGCAGCUUUCACCCCUCCAAGAAGCGAAUCAAUCAAACCGUCAAGAUGAAGUAUUUUACGUGGUGGAUUGCCCUGCUGUCCAUUCAGUCCCCCGAUCAUUAUUGGAAGAGCGAAUGGACAAAAAUGCCUGCGAGCAAUUGCGAGCGAACUCCCAGGUCCUGACACUAAAUAUUUACUGCCCUCUGUGUCCAACAAACACGAAAAUACAACAUGCUCGCAUGGUGGAAUCCGCCAGGCUUUCUCACCCACGCAUCGGCUUUGAAUCGGGCAGUACCAGAAGCUACUCCUUUCCCGAUUCCAUGUCUCGAGACACGACCUCCUCGAGCUCCCUUAGUCAUUCUACCAGCCAUUCAUCCGUCCGUAUAGAUUCAGGCGACGGGGCAUGGAGUCCGAUCUCGCCUGCGACUUUCAAGCCCGUAUUCAAUGCGAUGAAUAACAAACAUUCUCCUACGACACCCUCCGACCCACAUGCCUCAUUUUUGGCACGUAGCAAAACCGAUUAUUUAUAUGAAAAGUCCGCUACAAAGUCAUUCCCCCGAGAACUGAAAAAUGUCUCUCUACCCUUCUCCACCGGUUCUUCCCUGUUUCGACGGGUGUCAGUGAAGAAGAAUCAUUUACCUCGUGAGCCCAGAUUCUGCUUCUCUGCGUCAGGCCGGAGCCUUCUUCUUUGGGGCGUCGGAAGUAAUUGGGUGGCCAGAUUUGAAACGCCCAGUGCAGGAGCACAGAAGCCAAGGAGUUACCGAUACGAUGUUUCCGGUGUGCAGUACGUUGCUGCUGGAGACCAGCGCUGCGCGGUGAUAGCCGCUGUUGGAGAGCAUUACGAGCUUCUGGUAUUCAAGGGGUUUGGCCUCAGUGCCGAAGCUCAUUUGCCGAUCGAGAUUCACGACCCAUCCCUACCUCCUAUCCAUAUGGUUAUGUCUCGCGAUGAUCGAUACAUUGCGUUUACCCUUAAAAGCGAAGUUCGCGUUUACGAAAUUAUUGCGGGUGGUAUUGUACGAGUCUCAUUCGGUGAUACGGGAGACCCCAGCGCAUCUCUAUAUGAUAUGACUGCGGCCCCAAUGCACAUUGCCUCGCCCCUAGGAAAUGACGGUACUCCAGGGGGGCAAGAAACGAUCAUUGAAAGAAAGCUUCAAUUCUCGGUCGACGGGAAAUAUUUUGUCAUUGCGACACACCUUACCGACUCCAAUGCCUAUGUUGACGUGUGGGACCUGUCCCUGAAGCGGUGGGAUACUGUGCCUGGGAAAUCACAGUCGUUUAGGCUUUCUCACCGAACGACUAACAACAAAGACCUCACCUGCGUGUUCUACGAUAACGUCCACCAUGCAGUUCUCCUACCUGCCUAUUUCGAGAAGGAAUUUCCCAAAUCAUCCUCAGUUGCCGACAAAGACAUGCUUAAAGACCCAAAUAGCACCCGCAUAACGCACGCAGCCCAGUCCGGCUCUGGAUCGCGGUUUGCCAUUGCGAACGGCAUGAACCAGAUUUACUUGUUCGACUCCAAUGCUAGUGGGUCUACGCGUGUGGCUCGGAUAAAGAAAGCCUCGCAUAAGAUCAGUUCGUCGGUUUUCCGACCCGGUUACUUGAGCCUGGCCUUCCCACAGGAUGAUGAAAUUCUUCUUUUCUGGAUGGAUAAUGGCAAAUUGAUGCUCCGGGCGGUGCGAUUGCACGAAGGGACUCAGACAUCGAAAGAUUAUGAUUUGCGCUCUGAUUUUGACCGGCUGAUUCUUGAACGGCCCACGGCUGAUGUGCAACUCCGGCGAGCUUCACUGCUCUCCAAACAACAGAGCCCUGAGCUGGAUGGGUACAUAUCCAUCACCAGCAAGUUGGCUGAAUUACCAUCAACAUGAUGUUGAUGAAGAUACCAAGACUGCUUCCACAUUAUUUCUUGGGCAUGAGAUUGUGGAGGAUCACAUAUA